AUGGGACGUAUCCCAUCUAACCUGGCACUAAAAAGGAGAGGAGUUGCAAUUAUAAACACAUCAUGCCCCCAGUGUCAUCUUGAGAAUGAAGAUACGGAGCACAUUCUUAUACGCUGUCCAGUGGCGAGCAAUGUCUGGGAUUUGAUAUUUAAAUGGUGCAACAUUCCGAAACCACAAUUUCAAACCGUCGGGGAACUUAUCGGAUUUGUAAAAACUUGGGGGAUACGUAGGAGAAGGAGAAACAACCUAAUAUGUGUUUGUUUUGGUGUAAUGUGGAUAUUAUGGAAAACAAGAUGUGACGGUGUAUUAAAAAACAAACGAACUUCUCCUCCACUUGUAAAGAGCACAAAGGCGAAGCACUGA